GGCAGUGAGAAGAUAGUGCAACUCCGCACUCAGUGACUAGUGUAGGUUGCAGGGGCUGUCUAUAGGUCACUAUUUUUGACUCUCAGCUGUGGCAUAUCCGCCUGUUUCCACUUCUCAAGUGAUAUUUACCAGUUGCACCUGUGAAUGCUCCCUUGUUGUACUAUACCUAAAGGUUACACACUUAUUGCCGUGACACAGAUGGUUUUUUUGGAAUGGAAGUUACAUCAUUGUUUUCAAGUGAACUAGUUUAUACCUUUGAUAUUAGACUCCCCUAUUGCUGUUAAUUUCUUAAUAACCUGAAACAGUUGUUCUUCGGUGAGAGAAGAGGAGAACGCCAGGUAACGGUCCACGGCAUGGGAAAGAGCUGAAUUCAACUGUUACUGGCUGAAGUCAGAGAGGAUGACCUGGUAUUCUCUUCUCCCAGCGGAACUCACGGCCUUCGAGGGAUGGCUCAUUCGCUUUUUUAUCAUCCUUGGCACCUUGACCAUCGUUCCCUGGGCCUUCUUCAUUGUGUAUGAUAUCCUCCUGUAUAUAUGGCGCGCGACCACGUAUGAAAUUCCCGUUAUUGGAGGCCGGGCAAGAGGUCGACAUAGACCUGUUGUGCCCAGUCUGAGUGAGCGGCCAAGUGGAAGGCAGAGAGCGUUUAGUUUAACGGGUACGACGUCUGAUGGAGGGAAGGGGACACGGUUGGAUGAUCGCGGAAAUACUUCUGUUUCUUCUUUGGAGCUUUCGCUUUCGAGCGAGGGCAUGACCGAAAAUGAGGCUAGCCCUACUGGGAAUGGUAGCUGCAUCCAUUACGCGGGAGAAGUGAAGAAAAGGAAAACAGGCUAAUAAGCGCAGUGUUUUGAGAAUGGCCGCAAAGACACGGCACUCGGCACGAUGAUAUCAGUAUCCAGCCCGUGUAUCCCUUCUGAAAUGCCACGAGGACAAGCAAGGAUCGGGAUCUCUAAAUUUCAAACCGUUGUCCCUUCGAGCUGACCAUAUUGUCCCACACCAUCCCACAUCUUUCCAUCCCCUCUUCCGCAAACCUCACCAUAUGUUUGCGAUAUGCAGCCAGCCGAGACCUAGUUGCCUUGGUUCGUUACGAAUCCGGAAUUUCUAGAAGCUUAUGCGAUUCGAAAUGGGCCAUGUUUCCUCGGCAGACGUGGAUUACUAUUAAGUGCGCUUUCUCGCAGUCAGGAUCUUAAUUAUCAAGGCUAGAGAUUCUAUGGCUCCCUUUUACACGUAUUCUAACAAAUAUAGGAUAUUUUCUGAGUGUUCCUCUGCGUAUCUGGUUCUCAAUACCGGUCCUGUUUGCAGGCGUUACACUAUUUCUAAAUAUCCUGUCCUGAUGACCCGUCGAGCAAUCGAUCUAUUACUUGUCGUUGCGUACAGCUUAUCAGCUUCCAUCAGAUCUAUGCGAAAUAUGUCCACUUAUUUGCCUUCGCUGAUGCCGCUUAUGUCUCCUUGCAUUAUGCAUGCCUAUAGUUGCCACUUGAAGAAAAUGGUUUUCACCCCC